AUGAUAUUUUCCAAGUGGCUUCCCGCCCUGCUAGGCGGCGUCUUGGCCGCCCAGUGUGCUCUCGCUAUCACCCUCAACGUGGAUGAUGAAAACUCCCUCAAAACCGCCGCUAAAACAGUCGCCGUCGACAUGAUGAAUUACUACAACGACCGCGAGUCCAAAGACAUCCCCGGCAAGCUCGACGGCACUUGGUGGGAGGGUGGCUCGAUGUUCAUGAUCCUCAUUCAGUAUUGGUUCUUGACUGGGGACAGUCAGUUCAACAGCGCCGUGCAGGACGGGAUGUACUGGCAACAAGGCGACGACAACUUCUUCCCGCAAAAUUACAGUCAGUAUCUGGGAAACGAUGAUCAGGUCUUCUGGGGCCUUGCGGCUAUCACGGCUGCGGAACUCAAUUUCCCGGAGCGCAGCGGUCAGCCCUCAUGGGUCUCGUUAGCCCAGGGUGUGUUCAACACUCAGGUACCACGCUGGGAUACUAGCAGCUGUCACGGUGGUAUGCGCUGGCAGAUCUGGCCCUACCAGGGGGGAUACACAACCAAGAACGCUAUUUCCAACGGUGGACUCUUUCAGCUGGCCGCGCGCUUGGCCCUCUAUACCAACAAUGCGACAUAUGCUAGCUGGGCUGAGCGUAUUUGGGACUGGAGUGCGAGUACCCCAUUGCUCCGAAAAACUUGGAUUAUUGCGGACACUACCAGCUGUGAAACGCAAUGUACGGAUCAUGGCGACUAUCAGUGGUCAUAUAACUAUGCGACAUACAUCAACGGAGCAGCUUACAUGUACAACUACACGAAUGGCACCCAAAAGUGGUUAGAAGGCAUCAAUGGGCUGGUAAAAACGUCCGACCAAUUUUAUCCCACAAGCAAAACCUUUGGUGACGCCAACGGGAACAUCCUCAGCGAAAUCACCUGUGAACCAAUCCUCAAAUGUGACCGAAACCAGAUCACAUUCAAGGCUUACUUCUCUUCCUGGCUGGCUUUCAUGACCUUGAUCGUUCCUGGAACCUCUGACCUGGUGAUGCCGAAACUCAGGACUUCAGCUGUCGCCGCCGCUUUGACUUGCACUGGUCUCAGUGAUGGCUCACAUUGCGGUACCAAAUGGUACACGCAGAGUUGGGAUGGCUCCGAUUCACUGGAAAACCAGAUGGCUGUACUGGGGGUCCUCAAUGCGAACCUAGUCCCCUUCAAAAAUAAGGCACCAUUCACAGCCGACACCGGUGGAACCUCCAAAAGUAACCCCAGCGCCGGUACCAACACCUCGGAUGUUGAAGUCCCUCAAAUGAACACAGUUCGUACUGGAGAUCGGGCCGGCGCUGGAAUUUUGACCGUUGUCUUCGUGACUGGCUGGGCUGUGGCCAUCACAUGGAUGGUUCGAGGGGGUUGA